AUGGUCAAAUUACAUAACUUUUUUUUUGGUGGAUAUAAUAUAAAGGAAAAAUUGGGGGAUGUUGAUACAAUUAGAAAUUCAGAUUUAGCUUACCUGGAAAUGUUUACUGCAGCAUCUGUUCUUGCUAAGGCAUAUAUGACUCAAUGGUUCAAAGAUUGUAACUUAUUUGGUACGAUAACUGGAAAAAAGGUGAUAAUAGAUAAUGGAAUCGUCCAACUUACCCUAUCAAAUCCAACUGGACACAUUGCUGGGGUAAGUUACAAAGGCAUUGAUAAUCUCAUGGAGAAAAGGUUUCCAGAAUCAAGGAGAGGAUACUGGGAUACCAUGUGGAAAUCUCCAGAAGACAAAGAUAGCACUUUUGAUACGUUUUUCAUGACAAAUUUCCAAGUUAUAGCAAAAGAUGAUAAUAAAGUCGAAGUUUCUUUUACAAAAACGUGGAAUUCCAAUGCUGACCAUGAUCUUCCUCUAAACAUCGACAAAAGGUUUGUGAUGCUGCGAGGAAGUUCUGGAUUCUACUCAUAUGGUAUAUUUGAACGUCCAGAAGGAAUGCCUGAACUUAGACUAGAGGAAGCCAGGAUCGCAAUUAAGCUCAGACAGAGUUUGUUCCUCUAUAUGGCUGUAUCAGACGAUAUGCAAAGGGUAAUGCCAACAGAUCAAGAUCGUUCAACUGGCAAAGUCCUUGGUUUCAGAGAAGCUGUUAAAAUAACACAUCCAUCCAACCCUAAACUCAAGAAUGAGGUUGAUGACAAGUACCAAUAUUCGUCCGAUAAUAAGGAUAUCAAGGUACAUGGAUGGAUUUGCAAUCGUCCUCAUGUAGGGUUUUGGGUGAUUACACCAACCAAUGAAUAUCGUAGUGGUGGACCAAUGAAGCAAGAUCUUACUUCUCAUGCCGGUGCAACAUCCUUAGCGACAUUUUUCAGUGGACAUUAUGCAGGUCCAGAAUUAGGAGUUAGUCUCAAAGAAGGAGAGCCAUGGAAAAAAGUAUUUGGUCCUGUUUUCUUUUAUCUCAACUCUGAUUCUGGUAACAACCAUCGUACUCUUUGGGAGGAUGCUAAAAGACAGAUGUUUGAAGAAACUGCAAAAUGGCCAUAUGAUUUCCCAGAAUCAAAAGACUAUCCCAAGGCCAAUGAACGUGGCACAAUUAGUGGUCGAUUAUUGGUCGAUGACAGGUACAUAAGCAACGAUCCUAUCUUUGCUAAAUCUGCAUAUAUUGGAUUGGCUUUGCCUGGAGAUACUGGAUCAUGGCAAACAGAGACCAAGGGUUAUCAAUUUUGGACUCAAGCAGAUGAGACCGGAUAUUUUAAGAUUACUGGAAUUAUACCCGGAACUUAUAACUUGUACUCUUGGGUCCCUGGAGUUAUUGGAGAUUACAAAUACAACCAAACCUUGAGCAUUACUCAAGGAAGUGAAAUUAAUCUAGGUCAUUUAAUUUAUAAUCCUCCAAGAAAUGGUCCAACUCUAUGGGAAAUAGGCAUCCCUGAUAGAACUGCUGCUGAAUUCUUUGUCCCCGAUCCAUUGCCCGGCUUCACUAACCGCGUUCUCAGCAAUAGUACACAAAAGUUUAGACAAUAUGGUUUAUGGGAUCGUUAUACAGAUUUAUAUCCUGAAGAAGAUUUAGUAUACAAAAUUGGUGUUAGUGAUUACACAAAGGAUUGGUUCUACGCCCAUGUAACUAGGAGAACUGAAAACAAGAAAUAUAUACCAACAACAUGGCAAAUAUCAUUUGAACUUCCAACUGUGGAUAAAACGGGCUCUUAUACACUCCAUGUGGCAUUGGCUUCUGCCACUUAUUCCCAUUUGCAAGGAAGAAUAAACAACCCUGAUAGACCAAGGCCAAAUUUUGAAACCCCAGGAAUUGGGAGGAGUAAUGCAAUAGCAAGACAUGGAAUUCAUGGAUUGUACAGUCUUUUCAGUUUUCAAAUUCCAGGAUAUGAAUUACAAAAUGGAGAAAAUAUCAUAUAUUUAAAGCAAGUUAAAGGUGGUAGUCCUUUUAAUGGAGUCAUGUAUGACUAUAUUCGACUCGAAGGCCCUCCACAGUAA